CGUUACUGGAUGCGCCCAUGCGAGAAACAGAAACAGAAAUAGAUCUCGGAUUCGAGACGAUCGAGACCUGAAGAAGGAAAACACACCUGGUUUGAUCCUCAAAUUGACGCACAAAAAAAUGUUUGGAUUGAAUACUGUUGUGAUUAUAAUUCUAGGGUUACUGUCAAUAACGGCACAAUCUCUGCGGUUCGAUCUGCAAUCGGGGCAAACAAAGUGCAUUUCGGAGGACAUAAAGAGCAAUGCCAUGACCGUCGGCAAGUACAGCGUCGUCAAUCCCAGCGAAGGACACUCUAUGCCGGAGACCCACAGACUCACUACCAGGGUGACUUCUCCAUAUGGGAACAAUCAUCACUAUGGGAAUCAUGUGGAAACAGGAAAUUUUGCAUUCACAGCUGCAGAGGCUGGUGAUUACACUGUUUGUUUUUGGGCACCUGAUCAUAAGCCUCCAGCAACAGUGACAAUUGAUUUUGAGUGGAGAUCUGGUCUACAUGCUAAGGAUUGGUCUAAUGUUGCUAGGAAAGGCCAGAUUGAAGUAAUGGAACUUGAGUUGAAGAAAUUGUAUGACACUGUAAUUUCCAUUCAUGAUGAGAUGUUUUAUCUCCGCGAGAGGGAGGUAGAAAUGCAAGAACUUAAUAGAUCAACAAACACCAAAAUGGCUGGCCUCAGUUUCCUUUCGCUCAUGGUUUGUUUGUCAGUAGCGGGUUUGCAAUUAUGGCAUCUGAAGACGUUCUUCGAGAGGAAAAAGCUGCUCUAGUUUCCCUUUGACAAAUUUCCAGAAUUUAAGUUCUCACAUCUAGUUCUCUGUUUAGUAGUAAACUGCUUACACACACCAUCUUCAAUUGUCUGUUGAGGCUAGAGUUCCGGAUCCAAUUUACUAAUAGGCUGCUGUUUGUAUAACUAAGAAUCUUAAGGUAGAACAUAUUCCAUUGUGAUGUAGGACUAGUGGCAAGCAAUUAUAAAGAAAAUCGACUAGCAGGAUUGAAAUGUCA